AUGACGACCCUUCUUCCUCUUCGCUGCUGCGCCUCUCGUGCUUUGUCGUCAUCCUCUCGAGCGCUGCAGCGCUCGAAUGCAGCUGCAGACAGCGGCUUUGUGCUCCCCCGUGCCCGUGCUGCGCUCUCCGGCGGCCGGCAGCGGCGGAGCUAUGUGGUUCUGCGGACGGUGCUGAACCCGAGGUCGCCCGAUCUCCAACCCCCCACCGACCUCCCCUCCCCUCCAAAAACCAUCCUCCUCCUCACAACGCCCAAAUCCGCCACCCACAUCACCGCCGACGCCCUACAACCCUGGACCAACGACGGCACCGUCUCGCUCCUCGCCGCCGCCGUCGAGUCCCUCCCCGGCGCCCCCGCCGGCACCCGCGCCGACACCGGCCACAGCUGGCUCAUCACUGACCACGACCUGUCCAUCAAGCUCCCGCCCGUCAAGGAGCUCGCCCGGUCAUUAACGUUCUCGCUCCCCUCGCUAUCCACAAAGAUCACCCUCCCGCUCGCAAACACGCUCUUCCACAACGGCGCCGCAUCGACAUUGCUGCACCUCCCGCCGGCCGUAAAGGAGAUCCCAGUACAGAUCGAAGCCGCAACAGGACUCUCCCCUAACGAUGCGCUGGAGUUUGCGAACGCACAGCAGGAUAUCAAGGAGGCGUGGGACGAGAUGGGAGAGCUCAUGAAGCUGAUCGGACAGCGCACCGGCGUCGUGCCAGUCAAGGAGCACGAGAUCGGCACCGUGGAGAUCACGCUGCCGGCCGACUGCGUCGCCGACACCCCCUUGAAGGCCUCCCUCCCGCUGAAAGCACUCACGCCGCCGCGCAGGAUUGCCGCGGGGCUCGGAAACAUCUUGAAGCAGCUCGACGGCGACGGCGACGGCGCGGCGCGAGCCGCGAGCCGCGAGCUCGAGAAGGCCGUGACGGAGUAUGUCGGCGCGCAGGACGCCAACGCGGGCGGCGUGUCGGUGUUUGCGCGCCUUACGCCGCGGGACCCGGCGGAGGGGGCGUAUGAGUUCCUGGCGCCGGGGGUGCGCGUGCAUAGGGUGUUGUCGGGCGGCGGGGGUUGGGGGUCGAAGGCGGGGCUGCUGUCGCUGGAUCCGCAGGGGGAGGCGGAUGUGGGGGGCUUUGCGGAGGGGUUUGAGAAUAGCGUGUUUAAUGCUGUGGGGCAGCCGGGGGCGGAGGGGGAGGGGAAGAAGCCGACGGGGAUUGUGACCGUUGGGGAGUGGGUGCAGUUCUUCGCGGCGGAAGUGCCGAAGGAGGAGGGCGGGAGGGGGAUGAGGUUGGGCAGUGUGCCGAAGGUGGAGGAGCUAAUGGUGGGAGAGGAGGGGAAGGUUGGUGGCGGGAAGGUGCACGAGGGGGAGAGGGUGCUGGAGGGGGUGUUUGGAGGGUUUGCGGAACAGGGGGUGUGGGUCGGGGGGAAGCUGUUGGAUGUGCCCUUUGCGGAGGUGGAGGUCGGGGUUAAGGAGGAGUAG